UAUUGAAAGGCAAUGAAGCUUCCUAAAAAUUAACAUUUUCUCACUCUUGGGAAAAAGGAAAUAACGAAAUAGCGAAAUGUUAAUAUAUUCACUAGGGAAAUGUUAACUUGAUCACAACGGCUAUAAUUAGUUACUAAUCACAGUAAUUAAACCACUAAACUCAAUGGAAAAAUGGAAAAAACAAAAAGCCCUAAACUCAAAUGUAAGUAUUUAAGGUAAGAGAAGGCACUUCUUUUCUCAUUUUCGCUCAGUUUCUCCUCUCUCUAUACAAUUUCCUUGUUCCUCACGUCUUUGCUCUCAGAACUUUGAGUCUUUCGGUUCGAUCACAAUGACUAGUAUGUAUUAUGAUGAUUACCUUACGGAUUCGAGGAAGGAUAUAUGGUCGGGUUUAUGUUUACUGGCGGAUGCGGCGGUUAUGGUUGCGGAAGAAGAACAACGUCGUCGUCUUCUUGCAGAGAAAGGAGAAAGAUGCCACAAGACUGUCUCUGAAGAAGAAAAUAACCAGAUGAGAUUCUUCUAUCUUUUCCCGAGAAAAAUUAGGUCUUCUUUGGUGAAGAAAAGAUACACACAACAAAACCCUAACGUGGCUUCUACUUCUUCUUCAUCACUUCUCGAUCUUAACCUAAUCACCACUGAUUCUGAGACAGAAAACGUACAAAACCCUAGUUCUGAUGAUGAGCCUUUGGUGUGUGAUGAAGAACAACGUGCAAAGAAAGGUAAGUCCAAGAUUGUUUGCGAUGAAGAUUAUGACGACGAGAGUGAGAAUAGACUCUUCGAGAAGAAUGUGCAGAAAUUUCUAAGAGAAAACUUUGAUAAUCUUAAUGGAGCUUCUACUUCUUCAUCGCUCAUGAACCUUCAUGGUCUUGAACCUUCGACAGAGACGAAAGACAUAACAAACCCUAAUUACCAAUCUUCUUCUCCGUCUUCGUGCCUAACAGAGAACACAAGCAGCAAGAGGCGUGCGGUGGAACAGAGAAAGAGCAAGGGUGGAUUCAAGAAAGCAAAGGUUGUACUUUAUCCAUGCGCGGUGAGAGAGACACCAGAGUGGGUUUUCCAGGUGAUGAGAUACAUGAACGCGGAUGCCGAAAACCCGAGGCUGAUAUUUGAGAGGAUUCUGUUCAAUAGUGAUGUCAACUCAAACUUGAGCCGUCUCUUAAUCCCUUUUCAGAAGCUAAUCAGAAACGACUUCUUGACGCCUUUGGAGUGUCGAGCCUUAGAGAGAGAUGAAGACAAUGAAGAUGAAGAGAAUAUUGGUGUGGGAACUAUUCUUGUGAAUCAAAGGUUUAAAAUGUGGGGUUUACGUUUUAAGAUAUGGGUGAUGGAGAAGAAGGAUUCUGGACAUGGAACCUUGAAUUACACUUUGAAUUGGGGUUGGAACGAUGUAGUCAAGGGUAAUGACUUGAAAGCCCAUGACAAGAUCAGUCUUUGGACUUUCAGGUGCCGUGGAGUCCUUUGCUUUGCACUUGACAUAGAGUAGCUCUUCACUUGUUCACUACCUAUUCGGGUGAUUCUUGAGGUUUUUGGUAUAGUAGUAACUUCUUGGAAGUGUUAAUUAACAAAAUUAGGGAUUAACUACGAUUAUGAUCUUUCAUGUUGGUGUUGUUCUCUCCUCUAUUAUUAUUAGUAACUUGUCUGUCUCCUAUGUUGUCUCAGAUCCUUUACCAUUGUUUGAAAUAAACAUUUUGUCAUGAUGGUUUCUUGUUUUUGUCUUCUUCAGUUAUCUCUGAUUUCUUGUAAUAUUAUCUCGGUCAAAAUGCUCAAUACAAAAAAUAAUCAGGCUUGUUUUCUUUCUUCUCAGUGAGAUUCUGAUUUUAAUUUAUCAAUUUGAGAAAACUAUAUUUGGUUGAUCAAAUCCAGAACCAAAGAUAUCGAAAAUAAGAAACAGUAUAAGAAAAAACCAAGUUUUGAUUUCAUUAGAAGGAGAAUAGGAAAUUUUUGAGGAACCUAGAGGAGGAAUAAAUCGCAAGUAGUUUUUCCAAA